CGAAACUUCGAUGGUGGAGUUAUCGGUUAUUUAUCCUUUAUCUAUGGUGUAACUCAACGGUUGUACUGUAUAAAAAUGGCGGAAAAUGUGGAAGUUGUGUGUGUGGAAAAUCCACUUCUUGAGGAAAAGGUAGAUCAGGAAGAAAGUGUUCACAAUACUUUGGAAAGCUUUACAGGAUUUGUUCAGAAACGCGUAUUAAGUAGUAAUAGUGACAGGAAAACCGUUUGUUUGGAGGGCACGUUUGAUGAAAAAACUGGAAGUGCUAUCGUUGUUUUGGAAAAAGAACCUUUUGAUGUUGACAAUUUACAAUUGUUUUUGGACAGUGAAAGUGUGUUGAAAAAGGUUUUCAGCAACGACAUUUACGGGAAUUACGAAUACUUUCCAAGGCAGCAAUAUAACACAAUCAAAACUACAAUAAUACAUCCAGCCACAGAGCAUCAUUUGAAGAAGUACGAAUGGCAGCCUUUUCAUUUUAUUGAAGAAACAGCUGACCUUUACGAAUCUGUAACAUUGCCAUAUUUGGAAAAGGAGCAGUUUAACAUUCAGUGGGUCUACAACAUCUUGAACCACGAGUCGGAAGUGGAACGCAUCGUCUUCGAAGACCCAGAUCCAGAGAAUGGGUUUAUUUUGCUGCCCGACUUGAAGUGGGACACAAAAUUGAUUGAGAACCUGUACUUAGUCGCCAUCGUGCACAAGAAAGGGUUAAAAUCGCUGCGGGAUCUCACAGGCGAUCACUUAAGUCUCCUGGAAAACAUUCUUAACAAAGGAUGUGAGGUCAUAGAAGACAAGUACCAGUUACCGCGAUCACAGCUACGAGUUUACGUACAUUACCAACCAUCGUAUUACCAUUUCCACGUUCACUUCACGAACCUGAGAUACGAUGCACCAGGUACAUUCGUGGGAAGGGCUCACCUGUUGUCAGUUGUGAUAAGCAACGUGAAGAUCUUGUCCAACUACUACCAGAAAGCAGUGCUGCCGUUCAUUCUCAAAGAAAGCAGCACCUUGUUUGCCAGAUACGAAGAGAUUGGGCUGGUUAAGAAGAUUCCUGAAGUUAGCAAUGAACCUUCAGGUGGUGAAGCCAGUAACCAACCUGAAGUCACAGAAGUUACCAAUAAGCCACCAAAUGCUGAAGGUUGCGUUAAGCCUUCAGAUUCUGGUGAACAAUGAUUCUGUGUGUCAUAGUGGAAAUGAGACCUCGAAUUCGAGUUUGCAAUGUUUUUGUGGUCUCAAAAUCAAAUCUGACAGGAAAGGCACAUUUUAAAGUGUCAAUUAAAUCGCAUAGCAUUUGUGUAUCGUGGACAGCAAAUGAAAGUGAAAUUGACCAGACAUUUGUGUUACCAGAUAUGAGAUUAAUACCGAAAAGCUUGUCUGGUUUGCAAGUGCGAGGGAAUUCGCUUAGUUUCCGAGUGCAGACUGAGCCACUGACAAACACUUCGGGUUCUUUCGCUGCUGAAAUUAUUCCUUUACUCCGUAAUUUAUCUUUUGAGCAAAAUGCAUCCAUAUAUGUUCCUGGGAUUGUGCCAAAUGUCGCACACACUUUGCUGUGUAGGUGUUGCGGCAACAAGUUGUCCCUCACCGAUAUCACGGUGAAGAGAGUCCUACCACUCCCGACAGACUCGACUAGUCAGUUCGAGUGGUUUUGCCACAACCACGGCGGUUCCGGCUCCGACGACGUCUGUGAUGUGGCUGCCUCGGACGUGAAGAAGACUGAUUGUUUGUACGGAAUGUACUUUGUCCUUCUAAGCACGGCCUGGUUGCAAAUGGAAGCAAGCGAGGUACUCUCGUGCGCAAGGUGUUUCUCGUGGCUGGGCACAUGCAAGGGUUCCACCGCUAAGCUCUGGCGGUGCACCACGACCUGGGGCGACGACAACGCGCCACAGAUGGCUUUGGGCGAUUUCCUCGCCGUCAUCGGAGAAGCCGUCCGUGGCACGAUGGGAAUGUUGUGCAAGAUCGUACUGGAAACAAAACUUUCUCCAAUAGAGACGCAGUACAUCCUCCUCUGGGUGAUCGACAAAGAGCUGCAGGUACUCGCGUACGUGAACGAUGCGGACCAGAUCCCCCAGCUAAGUGGUGGACUCGAGACUGAAACUGUGUUGGCCCCGAAGAAAACCAUGAAAGUUCUGUACAGCCACCACGUGUCCCGCGAUGACGAGGUGAAGUCGUGGCAGAACGACGUGAACGUUCAGGGCGUUGACAUCGCGAAGCAGAUGUUUGUCGAAGGUCUGCAGUAUCUCGCGAAGGUUACCAAUUACUUGCCUGCGGCGCACCGAAUGUCUGGUGGCUUCUAUGUGUGUCACUUGGGACUCUGAAUUGCCUUGGGAAAUGUUGGCAAGAAUUUCUUUUUAUUAUUCUUCAUUCUCUGUUAAAGUUUUUAAAGAAACAUAUUUCGAGCAUAGUUGUGAAUUCCUGAUUUAGGUUGUACAAUUCUGUUUUCUGAACCAAAUUUUGUAUACGUACGUGAAGAUUUUUUGAUGGUAAUCUUAAUAUGGGUUUUUUUAUGAUGAUUUUGAAUUGUAGGUGUUUCUACUUAUCUUAAUGUGAGUGGAUUGUAAAGGUGAGUUAACGAUUAGUAAAGCUAUGUAUACAAAGGUAGUGGUUUAUGAUUGUUGUAUGGGUAUCAUAAAGGAUCAUGUGUGAAUCAGCAGUUGGCUUAAGAAUUAACAGAAAUGGUUAUAUUUUAUAUUUUUCCUUAAGAAUUAUGGAAAUCACAAAUCAGAGUCCAUUGGUAUGAUUUUUUGGUGCGAAUAAUGUUUGUUUAGGAAGGACUAGGAAAUAAAAUAUAUAUUAUUUCUGUCAAAAGAGGAUAAUAUUACUUAAAAGAAAGUUUCACAAUAUAAUUUUAAAAAAAUUAUUGGAAUUUUUAUUUUGUUAUAUAUUUCAGGAAUUUAUUAUUCUGAUGUUUUCCUGGUUAGUUUUAGCUAUAAUUCGAGUCUAUAAAAUUGUUUCAACAAUUCAGGAAUGCAACUUUUUACUGUACAGUCAUUUUAUGUUGGCUCGAAUAGAUAUUAACAUUUCAUUAAAUAGUAUUUAUAUAUUAAAGUUAAACAUUUGAUUCUGAUUUCUGUGCAAAUUCUAGGUUAUGAGCUAAAAUGUUGCUAUUUUUAGGUUCAAUCAUGAUUAAUGUGUGUGGUAUAUUAAGUAGGUACGUAACCAAUGUCACCAUGAAUAAAAAUGAUACAUUGAACAAAUUAUCAGUCUGCAAUGAUUCCUAGCUGAAGUUCACUUCAAAAAGCAGAUGAUACCUACAAAUACAAAAAUUCAGCUUAUAUAACAUGGAUGCACUAUCACCUGUUUCCAUAAGCAUUUCUUUUGUUUUUAUUUUAUUCUGAUUUUUUUUCUCUUCAUUUUCAUUUAAGUUCUUAAAGUUAAGUGUUUUUAGCAUAGUUUGUAAAUUCCUUGUUGUUGACAUCUGAACUGAAUUUUGUACUUGUAUUUUAAAGAUUUUUUAAUAAUAAUUUUAAUUUAGGGUAAUAUAUGAUGAUUUUGCAUUGUUAGUGUUUACACCAGUGUCAGUGAUAGUGGAUUGUUAUUGAGAGAAUCUGUCAAGACAGCCAUUUCUUAGCGAUAGUUAAUGAUCCCUCUUCUUUUGAUUAGUGUAGAUGCAUUGCCCUUCAAUUCCAGCAAAACUAUUGGUUAUAUUUAUAACUUAUUUCUGUUAGUGUUGCCACCAGACAGCUUCCUUGAGAAAUUUCAAACUGCCAAUCAACCUCUGUGUUUACCUUGAAUUUGAUCAUCAUUGAAAAGAACUUAAUGGAUUUAAAAGUAGCUUAUUGUCAUUGUUAAAGUGGUACGGAAAGUUACAGCAGUACAUUACUGUGAUUUGUCGGGCGACUCUGUAUCAGCUUGAAAAUUAAUUAAUUAUUUGUAUUGUGGUAUGUCGUUACCAACUAAUCAUAAAUGUUUCUACAUCACUUACUAAAGGUUUUAUGCCAAAAUUCCUUCAGAAUGCAUGCUUUAAAAUUUAUUUCAUUCUAAAAGAAAAGCUGGGUAAGUUUAAUUCUCCUUUUAAUUGUAACUAAAACAUGCCAAGCUAUCAAACUGGUAGGUAAGUAGACUUUAAAACCUGAUUUGAGAAAACCAAAAACUAUUGUCUAUUGUGUUUCCAAUAGCUUUAAGCAAAUUCGUAAUACUUGUCUGAUUGUUUAAUUAUCUUUUGAAAUUUGGUCUGUGAAAACUGUUUAUGGUAAGUUGUCUGGUGAUCAAUGUUGUCUGACAUAUGAGCCUAUCUUGUGUUUCAGAAGCAUUAUUUAUGUUACCAAUGAUAAUCAUAGCCUAGUUCUACCACUUUCGUUGGCAUACUAUAUUCCAUUGUCAUGUGGACUGUUUAAAAAAAUGUAAUGACACUGAUGUUCAGUCUUCUGUGUAACACUCUGCGAAAUGAACCUGGUGUAUAGGUUUUUUCUUGAAUAAAUAACAAAAUUUAAAUAUA